GGCUGGAAUGUUAUGGUUAUAGAGAACUCUUUAAAACUGCUUUAUUUGUGACUGUCCCAUACCGAUCCGAAGUAUCUGUAACAUAGUGGGGAUGUUCGGGGUUUGAAUACCGGGAAGUAUUACAGUGCUACUCUCAGUUGUAAUCAAGCGAACGAUGCGGCAAGUCGUUGGUCUAGUGCUUUUGGGGCUGAUGUUCAGCAAUGCAGUGCUGGCAGAAGAUGCAACCAGUGACGAGGGAGUAUCGCACUCGGGGCGUAUCAUCAAUGGCAACAAAGUGAACAUCGCCCAGUACAAACACGCGUUAAGCCUCUGGAUAGAUGGCCGUUACACCUGCGGUGCCAGCAUUAUCACGCGUUUGCAUGCCCUGACCGCUGCACACUGCGUAAACACCAUUGUGGACAGUCCUACGCGGGCACUGCUGUACGGAGCUACUACAUACCUUGAUCAGCCCAUUUAUCGUAUCAAAGUGCGUAGAAUAUCUGUCCAUCCUAGCUACAACCCUCUCGCAGCCUCUAGAGAUUACGAUGUCGCCGUGCUCCGGGCACCGAAGAAAGCUUUCGUAGGAAAGCCAAACAUGGCUCCGAUUGAACUUCAAGAGACCGCUGUAUCGGCCGGCACAAAUUGCUACGCCGUUGGAUGGGGCUGGUAUGACAAUAGUAUCGCACUGCCUUCGAAGCAGUUGCGCCACACCAAUUUGAAAAUUGAGUCGGAUAGUUCCUGUUCUGAAAUAUUUAGAAAACCCAUUACGCCUGAUCAAAUUUGCUCGUUGAACGGCAGCAACAUGGAGGUUUGUAAAGGGGACAGCGGAAGUGCCCUCGUGUGUGGCGGAAAACUGACGGGAAUCGUGUCCCACGGCCGGAUACCCUGUACCAGUGCGGCGCCGACAAUAUACGCGAAGGUGGUCGGACCCAGCAUUCGCAGCUUUAUUCGAAGCGCAGCAGGAAUCUAAACGCGAUGUGAAUGGAUCGAAAAUAAUAAAAGAGGUAAAAGACUC